AUGAUAAGUCUUGUUGAAACAUGGACAAAACCUACUGAUUCUUUGGAAAUUGAAGGUUUUAAAGUAAUUCACAGACGUGAUUGUAAUGAUACACGAAAACCACUCGGUCAAAUCACUUACUUAAAAAAUGAUUUGAAGUGUGAAAAUAUCACCGAAAGAUGUGAAUAUUCAGGAAAAGACCAUAUUGAAUAUUGCUCAAUAAAAAUUCAUGAUAUUUGUAUUGUUUCCGUUUACAAUUCACCAAAUUCAUCAUUUGAUGUCUUAAAACGACAUAUUAAUGAAGUUAUAUCUAUUUCAAAAAGAUUCUGUGAAGAUAUAAUUGUUGUUGGUGAUUUCAAUAUAAAUUUGAAGAUAAAAACCAAUCACAAAUUUAUUGAAUAUAUGGAGUCGUUCGGGUUGACUCUGAUUAAUAAAUUAAAUAAAAGUUCAACUAAUGCAAAAACGCAAAUUGACUAUUGCUUCACUAAUGUGAAAGACUUAAAAUCUGAUUAUUUUGAAAGUCUUACAAGUUUUCAUAAACCAAUAUGGAUAAGAAAGCAUAAAGUUUUGACUAAGUUUCAUUUUGAUGAAACCGAAGACAAUCGUACAAAUAUACCUUUUAAUAUCGAUGAGAUUAUAACUGAUGAUCAAUCUGACACGAUGGAAGUCGAUGAGAAAUUCGUUUUUGAAUGCCAUGAAACAGUCGAUAAAAACGAACAAAUUGACUUAGAUAUGUCUUUCCAUUUGGGAGAUCUCAAAGUUAAUGAUCCAUCUGAUAUGAUGGAUAUUGAAGAAAAAUCUUCUUCCGAAAAUCAUGAAAUCAUUGAUUCAAACUCGAGAAAGAUUCUUGAUCAAUUUCUUCUUGUACUUGAUUUAAAUAAUACUACAGACACUGAUCAAAUCUCAAGUCAAGCUCAAGUAAUCAAUGAUGUAAUUGAAAAAUCACCGUUUAUAACUAUGCAAAAUAAAGACCGAUUCGUCCGGUUAGAAUUGGAAACAGAAUAUUCUGUUCAAGCAUUUGACUCAGUUUAUGCUCGAACCCGCACGACUGCAGAUGGCAAUUGUUUAUAUAGUUCUCUUUCGAUAUUAAAUAUUGGAUCUGAAAAACUAACACAUUCGAUGAGAUUGUUGGCACAUGAAUAA